AUUGAACCUCUACACCUCUCCGCCCGCAAAACAGUGUGCUCAAGCUUAAGAUGGCCCAAAACAGAGUCCCCGAAUACCAGCGCAUCUACCAAUCCAAUCCCCAAGUCCCAAUCUACUUCAAGACGAAGAGGUCAAAGAUGUUGAUCUAUCCGUUCCUGGCGAUCUGGGGGUUUGGGCUUCUGGGGGCGUCGUGGGGAAUGGUGAGGAUGGUGAAGGGUCAGAAGUAAGGUGGUUGUGGGAUGAUUUCGGGCUUCAUUUAUGUUGGGUUGGGCGUAUG